GAGAGGUUGGCGGGACAAGGGAGGUGGGACCUUUAUUGGAUGAUGCCGAUGUUAUUGUGACUUCCGAUGUCGAAGAGAGAAACUUCGCAGAAGGGAGGAUAAAGAGGAGAGGGUGCCUCCUCCUGGCCGUGUACUGUAUUAAAGCUGAGAGACGGGGCCCAGGCCAUGGCGCUCGCCCUCAGGCUGCAGUUGAGCGGCUGCCAGCGGCUCUUGGGCCUGGCCCGGGCUCUGUGGCCGGCUCAACGUGCCUCCUGCUACCGGCUCCAGUAUAUCAGAAGAUGUAUUGACAGACGUUCAGGACACCAGGAAAAUAUGUUGGCUUUUAGAUUGCACACUUCGAAAGAACCAACAGGAUUUGAGAAGUAUUUUCCCAAAAAUAAAACUGCAACGGGACCAAAAGCAAGUGACAUUAAAGCAAAGCCAAAGGAGUCUGGAGGAGGUAAAGGAGGUGAACCAAGAGGCAGUGGUAAGAAAAGUGGGAAGAAAGAGGAAUCUGCUUGGUGGAACCGGUUACAAAAGGGAGACUUUCCAUGGGAUGAUAAGGAAUUUCGAUAUUUGGUUGUGGGAGUAGCUGGACUUCUCUCUGGAUUCAUGUAUUUUUACUACCGAAAUCCUGGCAGGGAAAUCACUUGGAAAGAUUUUGUAAAUUAUUACCUUGCACGUGGUGUGGUUGAUCGCCUAGAGGUUGUCAACAAGCAGUUUGUGCGGGUGAUUUUCACUCCAGGAACUACAACUGAUGUUAGCUAUGUAUGGUUUAAUAUUGGAAGUGUGGAUACAUUUGAGCGUAAUUUGGAAAAUGUGCAACAAGAGAUAGGGAUUGAACCAGCAAAUCGUGCAGCUGUAGUGUACAAUACUGAGAGCGAUGGUUCGUUCAUGCUAAGCAUAUUCCCCACACUGUUACUCAUCAGCUUUUUGCUGUAUGCACUGCGACGAGGUUCUAUGGCAGCAGGCCGUGGGGGGCGAGGUGGUGGACUCUUCAGUGUGGGAGAAACAACAGCAAAAAUGCUGAAAGACGAGAUUGAUGUCAAAUUCAAGGAUGUUGCAGGAUGUGAAGAAGCUAAAUUAGAAAUCAUGGAAUUUGUUAACUUUCUGAAAAACCCUAAGCAAUAUCAGGAUUUGGGGGCCAAGAUCCCAAAGGGUGCUAUUCUGUCUGGACCACCAGGAACUGGAAAAACCCUGUUGGCUAAAGCAACAGCUGGGGAAGCCAAUGUUCCUUUUAUAACUGUUAAUGGAUCUGAAUUCCUGGAGAUGUUUGUUGGUGUUGGACCAGCCAGGGUGAGGGACAUGUUUGCCAUGGCACGGAAAAAUGCUCCAUGCAUUCUUUUCAUUGAUGAGAUUGAUGCUGUUGGAAGGAAGCGGGGUAGGGGAAACUUUGGUGGACAGAGUGAGCAGGAGAACACCCUAAAUCAGCUACUGGUCGAGAUGGAUGGAUUCAACACAAGCACCAAUGUUGUUGUUCUGGCAGGAACAAAUCGACCUGAUAUCCUUGAUCCAGCAUUGAUGAGACCAGGGCGAUUUGAUAGACAAAUUUAUAUUGGUCCACCUGAUAUCAAAGGACGAGCAUCAAUUUUCAAAGUUCAUCUUAGCCCGUUGAAGAUGAACUCUAGUAUCAGUAAGGAAACAUUGGCACGUAAACUAGCUGCACUUACUCCUGGGUUCACUGGUGCUGAUAUUGCCAAUGUCUGUAAUGAAGCUGCUCUGAUUGCUGCUCGUCAUUUAAGCGAAUCAAUCCAUGUGAAGCACUUUGAACAGGCAAUAGAGCGUGUGAUUGGAGGAUUAGAGAAAAAAACACAGGUCUUGCAACCUGAUGAGAAGAAGGUUGUUGCUUACCAUGAGGCAGGACAUGCUGUAGUUGGAUGGUUCUUGGAACAUGCAGACCCUCUACUUAAAGUCUCUAUUAUACCUCGUGGGAAAGGUCUUGGCUAUGCACAAUACUUGCCUAAAGAGCAGUACCUUUACACAAAAGAGCAGCUUUUUGAUCGCAUGUGCAUGAUGCUUGGUGGCCGAGUGGCUGAGCAGAUAUUUUUUGAACGCAUCACAACAGGUGCUCAGGACGAUCUGAAAAGAAUCACACAGAGUGCAUAUGCCCAGAUUGUUCAAUUUGGUAUGAGUACAAAACUUGGGCAAGUGUCCUUUGACCUUCCACGACAAGGUGAUACAGUUGUUGAAAAGCCGUACAGUGAGACCACAGCACAGCUUAUUGAUGAAGAGGUUCGGGCUCUUAUUGGUACAGCAAACCAGAGAACCUUGGAAUUAUUGAAGGAGAAGCAACUGGAAGUUGAAAAGGUAGCUGAACGAUUACUAGAGAAGGAAGUGCUUGAUAAAAGUGACAUGAUUGAUCUUUUGGGUCCUCGGCCAUUUUCAGAAAAAUCCACUUAUGAGGAAUUUGUUGAAGGCACUGGUAGCUUUGAAGAGGACACCACUUUACCUGAAGGUUUGAAGGACUGGAACCAGGAGAGGGAGGAGAGUAAUGAGGAACUGCCACGCAAACAGCUGGCAUGAAAUGUGUUAAGUACCUUUGUAUUUUAUGUCAACUGGAGAGCUUAGUGGCAACCAAAUUGAAAGGUUUAUUUUGCUAGGAUAAAAUUAAAAAUGCCUGCACUGUAAUUUGGAGCAGUUCUCCCAUAAGGUGGUCCUUGAUAACUGUAGGCAAAUGGAACAGCUUAUGAAAUGAUGCCUUUCAUUAACCCAGGUGAUGGUCACAUUUUGUGGCUGAAUUGAAAGUAGUUUGGACUGAGCCUGCAGGAAUUCAGAAACUGGGCUGACUCUGGGAAAUCCAUUGUCUCCUUGGCUGGAAGAAGCAUUCAGUCUAUUUAUUGGCACAUGAUGGAACAAAAAUAAAUCUAAAGAAGAGUUCAAAGGUUCCUUUAAUAAAUGAACCAAAUUUAUAACAUGGUUAUUUCAAGAAGACUUGAAUUUCAUUCAAAUGUAUGACAAUACUUGGAUAUGCGUGUGCGCAUUUGUCAUUAGUAUUGUGAUUAUUGAUCUUUGUAACUUUUGAUUUUCCUCAUUUUUCCUAUCUACAGCAAUUAGUUUUGCUGCUUGAAAAUCUAAACCUGAAACGUGAGCCCAUUUCAUUUUUAAUUAUAUGCACAGACCUAAACUAGUGUAGAAUGACAAUAUAUUUGAAAAAAUCACCAACCCCACAAAAUGUAUUUCUAUCCCCUAAAAGUCCAUUUCAAACUACCAAGUCUUACUGAAGUUACUAAAUAGAUGUAUCAUUUAAGCACUCAAGAAUAAUACCAUGUCUGCUGGAUUGUUAACUUCUUCACACUGAUCACGUUUCAUAAAUUAUUGAUCUCUUUGAAUCAUGAAUACUAAUGUAUUAAACAUCUAAAUUAGAAAUUCUGUGAUGCAUUGCAGCUGGUCACUCCCAUAAACAGAUUGUGUUGUGUUUCAGACACAUAUAUACUGUCCAAUAUUUAUCAUAUUGUUACUCAUUUACAUCCAUUUGUGACCUGAACUGGGGUAUUGUGCUUUUACACUUGGCUUAUUUCCUCCUUGAACUUUUCAAUGCUUAAUUGGGAAACACUUAAUGAAACAAGGCCAUAUUUGAAUUGUUAGUUGCUUUAUUUAAUGGGCAGCAAGUGAACAUACAGAUAACAAGUAUUUCAAACCUACCUCUCUCCCCAAAAAGUAGGAGGAAUAGCAAACAAUAUUGUUGAUUGUUUGCUCCUGACAUUACUUUUCCUUCAAGGCAACUUCUCCUGCAAACAACAUUGAUCUUUUGCAGCUGCUGGCCCUGGGCUUACAGCUUGCAUUUUUUUGUCUCCUUUUUUUAUCCUGGCUAGCCAUAUAAAUUUCAUGUCUCCAGAGGGGUGGUGAGGAGGAGGAGCAGGUGUAGGUUGGUGGCGAAGAGAUGUACAGCUGAGUUUCUCGUCAUGGUAAGCCUGUGAAUUAAAUUAACCGUUACUUUGUGUUUUGAGCUUUGCGGGUUUCUGCUAUUUUUAAGAACAGGAAGGCUUUCCUGGAAUUGCCUGGGACCAAGCAACUAGCUGUAAUUGUUGGUGAACUUUGCACAGCAGCUCAUCUAGCUUCCAACCCUGCAGCAUUUGACUUCCUUUAAACCUGUUUAAUUGUUUUGUUUCAAAAUGCAACUUUUAAACAUAGCACAAUCAUAAAAUUCUUUCAAGUAAGAAGCAAUGGGAAAAACACUUGAAAGGUGCUUUGUUAACCUGACUGAUCUAACGCAGAAUGCUUUUGAUGAAGAUUUAAUUCAUCUCUAAGUGUUAGAUUACAAGUUCCUACUUAAGUGUGAUUGAUUCUAUUUUAUAAUAUGCGCUAAUAAAGUUAAUCUUUUCUCUAUUCAAUAGUCUCUUCCAAAUUUCUGGAAAAUUUCUGUAAUUAAUUUUUUGUUUAUUUCUUGAGUAAAGUCUGGUAUUGUCACUAACCUUAUAGUAAUAAUAUCUUGAGGUGAAGUUCAUUGUUCUUUAGCUUCAUUAUUUCUUCAAUCUCUGUCAACUCUUCUGAAGAGGCUAAUGCUCUCAUUCUAAACAAUGGUUCUAGUCACUGUGGAUGGGGUUGAUCAUUUCAGACAUUCAUUGAAUUCUAUUUGCACUGACUUGACUGCAUUGCUGCAGAUGUAGGAUAACAUUUAUGAUGGAUUUUACCAUAGCCUAUGUCACUUUAAUUUCACAACAAGAUCAAGGUGAAAAGUAAAUAUGUGGGGAAGAGAAAUAGCCAUUGGGUUUCACUGUAUUUCUGAAGUGUCCGUAUAAUCUUGCAAAAUUGUUUAGAAACAGGAAAAUUUGAACAUUACCAUGCCUAAAUUUCAAUUUGUAGUGUCAUGUCUUUCACUUACUAAGUCCACGAGCAGUAAACUGUUCAUCUUGUGUUGGUUACAUUAUCACUGCUCUGAAUUUGUUUUUUCAAAGUCCACCUUAGGUUUGUCCUUGCCUGUUUAGAUUACGUACCCACAGUUAAGGUUUGGAAAAAAAUCGAAAGAGCUGCAGAUGCUGUAAGUCAGAAACAAAAGCAGAAAUUUCUGGAAAAGGUCAGCAAGUCUAGCAGCAUCUGUGGAGAGAAAUCGAAGUUACUGUUUUGUUUCAAGUGAUCCUUCCUCAGUUCUGAGGAAGGAUCACUCAACCCGAAAACUGAGGUUUCCCAGAAAUUUCUGUGUUUGAGUUAGUUAAAGCUUGAAUAUUGCUGUUCACCUGAGACACUCCUGACACAUGGUGAUUAUUAGUAUUCUGUAUAGUUUAACAUUUUUAUCAUUUAAAUUAAUUGCAGAAUCAUGCUGUCAGAAUGUAAUUGGUUUGGUCAUACUGAAUUCAAUGAUUAUAAUUACUGUGUGUUGUCAUUUGACAUUAUUUGGUGAAUAUAACUAUAUACUGCUCAUCAUAUUGCUACAGCAAGAGGUUUAAUUAGUCAUAUCUUUUGUAUAGAGAGAAUUUAUUCUGAACAAUCAUUUAAAUUCCGUAUAUUCAUUCAUAUGUAUUUUUCACAAUUUGACUUUUUAUGCUUAUAUUUCAGUGCUGUGUUUAAUUGCUGGAUAUAGAUUUUUGUAAUUAUUAUGCCUUAUCAAAUGUUACAUUGGCCACAAUAUUUCCUGAUUUUAGCAAUGAAAUAUUUGUGGCUGAUGUGUUCAAGUAUUUAUGUAGUAACUUACCUGUAGUAAAUCUGUAAUAAAUUCUAACAUCUGAGAGUUUAAAAUUGGAAAAUCAAUAACAAGAUGUAUAUGCAAAACUAAAACUCUGAAGCAUUGCUCUGAUAAAUGAAUGAGGGCUUCCUGAAGAAGGGCUUAUGCCCGAAACGUCGAUUCUCCUGUUCCUUGGAUGCUGCCUGACCUGCUGCGCUUUUCCAGCAACACAUUUUCAGCCCCGAUAAAUGAAUGUCUACAUUACAGUCAUAUGUCUUGAAAGUUAAUAUAGUUUUGUGAAGAAGGUAGUCCCCACACGUCACAACUGAUGAAUCUUUCCUUCAAGUAAGAUUUUGUGCAAUUAGUGACAAACAUGUCUGUAUCUAUUUUUGUUAUACAGGGUGCCAAGAUUUGGUUUGCAGUAUGUUCAGCAUCACUAUUGUACUGAUAUUGUAAAAGGAGCAAUUUGGCACUGCUCCUUUAUGACCUGAUACUUGCCCUUACAUUUGUCCAUGCUUCUGCAUUGAAUAAAUGAUAACAUCUCCAGCAGAAAAUGCCAAGGAAAGUAAACUGACCAAUUUCUUUUGCUUACCUUUUUAUUUUACUACAGGGUAAUCUAGUAAAUCCAACUGUCCAUGAUGUGACUGGUUCAGAAAAAAAAUAAUGUAUGUUAAGAUUUGCUAGUGUUCAAUGUCACCUCCCAUGGGCUUUGUUUUGAUUAUCUGUAAACUGCUUCAGUGGUAGCGUUGGAGUGAGUACCAAAGCUGAUAAAGGGAAUAAAGUCUGAAGUAAAAGCA